GAGCCAUCUUUCGAUCAAACAAUUGAAUGAAACGCAGCAUUCAUCAUAUACCAUAAAAAUGUCUGAUAAAACUCCUCAAACGGGCAGUUCCAUAAACACAGAGGAAUCUGACCCGAAAAAUCAGCCGAUCAAUCUUGCACAAAUUCUGGAAAUUCUUCAAAAUUUUCAGAAUUUGGCACCCAAGGCCGAACCUAUCGAGAGCUCUUCCAAUCAGCCAUUAAAUAUGGCGGAAAAGCUCAACGAUAGGAACUACGCCAUUUGGGCGCGCAAAAUGAGUCUGGCGUUGGAUGGGAGAGGGCGGCUCAAGCACAUCACUGCCACACCUCUCAAAUCAGAUGGCUCGAAAUUUAUUAAAUGGAGACAAGCAGAUUCAACGGUUAUAACAUGGAUUCUAGAAAACAUGGAAUCAGAUAUUGUCAAUCAAUAUAUCGAUUAUCCAACUGCUUGGGAUCUAUGGAAGGGAAUUGAAGCCACUUACGGCUCCGGGAAAGAUCCCUUGCAGGUAUACAACUUGAUGGUGAAAGCUAGCAGCAUCAAACAAGGAGACCAGACACUAGAGAAGGUCUACAGCCAAUUGCAAGCUGUGUGGAAGGAAAUCGACAGGAGGCGACCCAACCCGAUGAAAUGCCCGGAGGAUAUGACGAUUUUCACACAAAUUCAACAACAAAAUCAUUUGUAUCAAUUUUUACAAGCCAUAAACGAAGAGUUUGAUGUAGAAAAACGUGAUAUUCUCAAAACAGAUCCUCUCCCCUCCGUAGAAGAGGCAUACGCCCAAAUCAGGAGGGAGGCUACCAGGAAAGGAAUAAUGAAGGGAGACGAUGGACCUUCAUCGGGAGAUCCCUCAGGUCUUGGCAGUGGAUUCGCAGCCACAUGGGCUGGAUUGCGAUCGGAAAAGGAAAAAAACCUGUUAAUCAAAUCUCACCACAUCUUUCUCCGGUCUCUGUCCGCCUCAAAUGGCACUCUCCCCGAGGCUGGUUGUUGCAAUUAUCUGAACCCAUUAAACAAAACAGAAUUCAUAAUGGGAGAACCAGCGACGGCGGAGCCAGGCCGCCCGAGCACCGCCAGCCAAUCGUCUUCCCCGUCGAACCAUCCGCCGUCGUCCUCCUCCCUCGUCGAGCCCUCCGCCACCAAGCGGAAAGGCCGGCCGGAGAAGGUGCUCCGAGUAAUGCGGUCCGUGUUCCGGUCAUUCCCAAUCAUCACCCACCCCGUCUGCAAGUUCCCCUCCAUCCCCUACGCCGUCGGCCGAUUCCCCGACGGCCCAGUCCGCAGCGGCGGCGGCGGAGGAUCCCGCGUCACGGGCACCCUGUUCGGGUACCGAAAGGGACGGGCGAGCCUCUCCGUCCAGGAAAACCCCGGGACGCUCCCCACGCUUGUCCUGGAGAUGGCGAUGCAGACCCACGCGCUGCAGAGGGAGAUGGGGCAGGGGAUGUUGAGGAUCACGAUGGAAUGCGAGAAGGCGGCGGCGGCGAGGGUGAAGCUUCUAGAAGAACCGGUGUGGACGAUGUUCUGCAACGGGAGGAAGAUCGGGUACGGGAAGAGGCGGGAGGCGACGGAGGAGGAUCUGGGGGUGAUGGAGGCGCUGAAGGUGGUGUCGAUGGGCGCCGGAGUGCUGCCGGGGAAAUCCGACGUGGACGGGCCGGACGGCGAGAUCGCUUACGUCAGGGCGCAUUUUGACCGGACGGUGGGAUCAAAGGACUCGGAGACACUGUACAUGAUAAGCCCCGACGCGAAUAGCGGGCCGGAAUUGAGUAUUUUCUUUGUAAGGUUAUGAUGUUUAAUUACGAUUAAUUAGAUUAAUGAUUAAUCUUAAUUAUCUAAUGGGAAGGGGAAGUUCUUCAAAUUAUAGUGCAAUUUAGAGUAAUUAGAUUAGAAAAUAGUAGUAGUGCUCUACAAUAAUCAUUUGAUUAGGGUAAUGAUUAAGAGGAAUUAAAGAGAUAGAUUAUUG